AUGUGUUUGAAAGGCGAUUAUAUCCGAGGCACUUUUUAUCCAAGAAUGACACAAAGCUUUUCUUAUAAUGAUAUCGUCACAAACCUAAUGUAUUUAUUCAUUCGUCAAUUAGACGAGACUAAAUAUGUAGUAUGGAUUGAAAAAUCGAUUAGAUUCUCGGGAAAUGAUGAAAUUUCGCCCGACUGUACUAUUCUUCAAGACUACAAUUUACGUGAUCGAACAGCAGGACCUAAUGCAACCAAUAUUCAGUUAAUCAUCGAAGUGUUAAAUUCACAUACACUCAAUCGAAAACUGCCUAUUUAUGCGGCGCAUGGAGUACCGGAAGUUUGGGUGAUUAGUUCAUCAAAUUCUGUUCUUCAUGUUUACACACGACCAAAUCAAAAUCUUAAUGUAUAUGAAAAUGAACAAACCUACAUCUCUGGUAAAAGUGUUACUCCUCAAUUUAUUAUGCCAAAAUUUACAAUAAAUGUAAAUGAUAUUUUGUAG